CUCUCUCUCUCUCUCUGUGUGUGUGUGUGUGUGUGUGUGUGUGUGUGUGUGUGUGUGUGUGUGUGUGUGUGUGUGUGUGUGUGUGUGACUACAGAGAGCUCAGAGACUCUUCAGCCGUCAGUGAAUCAGAGAGAACGACACAGAUCCGGGAGGUGAAUCACCACUAACACACUCAGUCAGUUGCAGUUGGAGCAGAAACCAGCAUCUGUGACAUUUUAACUUGGAACUGAAAGAAUGAAUGAGCGAGUUUGGGUGAAGCAUGGCUGGACCACCAUCAUGUGUGCUCUUGUUCUCUUCCACAUAUGUCUCGGACAGAAAGACUGCACCGGAGUAGACUGUCCACAUCUGGACAGCUGCAUUGAGGAGGUUCUGGAGGACGGCGCAUGCUGUGCCACAUGUUCACAGCGAGGCUGCACAUGUAAAGGCUAUCAGUAUUAUGACUGCAUCAACGCCGGGUUUAAAAAAGGGGAGGUUCCUGAAGGAGAGUCAUAUCUGGUGGACUCGGGCAGUACGGAGUGUUGGUGUCCUGCAGGUGGAGGUAAUAUAAGUUGCCGCUUCAUCCCGUGUCCUGACGUCCCUCCUAACUGCAUCGAGCUGUCCGACUCCACCGAUGCCUGUUCUCACUGCCUGCGCCUUGGUUGCAUCCAUCACAACCACAAAUACGAAGCAGGCCACUCCUUCCACAUGGAUCCAUGUCAGGUGUGUCACUGUCCCAAUGAUGGUGGUGAACUCAUGUGCUCUGUGAUUCCUGAUUGCUCCUCAGGAAUGGCCAAGAAUCCUGAGGUAAAGAAGAAUGAGCUGCAUGUUUCCGAACAUGAACAUCCUGACGAUUUCCUCAGUGAAGAACAUAAAUUUCCGAGUAACUCAGUGCCUAAUUACACAGAGAACCCAUCAGAGUUUGAAGAGGAGGAAGACUAUGACUAUUUCCCAGAAGCCACCACAAGUCCAUAUACUUUUGUUUCUUCUUCUGCAACUCUUCAAAUUCAAAAUCCACAUGAGGUUCUGCAUGAAGACACCAAGGAGGAGCUUAGGGAGACACUGGGAACAUAUGAUGAGGAAUCUCGAGAAGAAGAAACAGAGGACACGCUAAACUCUUCUAUCACUGAGACAGACUCAAGAUCUUAUCAAAAGUUAUCUCAGACAGAAACUAUUGCUAGACCCACUCAGGUUCCUCCAAGAAAAACCACAACCAUUACCACAGAUGACAUCCGAAGAACAGAGAGGAACCCUGACCCUUACAGGAACCUUCAUCACACCAUCCCAGACCUCAACACCAUCCCGAAGCUGCGGUUCAUAUCCACCACUAAACCUCCAGUGAACGUGAGAGAACAUGAAGCUCACAGGCAGCCUCAAAUUCUGGGCAGAUACCACCAAGAGGGAAACGGUCUCCAUCUGACCUCCAACAACCAAAGGGUCAGUUCCAGAGAGAUUAUCAUGUGCUGUGAAGCUGGUGAGAACUGGGCGUCUGCUCACAGCCACUGUAACCACAUGGUACCCCUGAGGACAGAACCGGGUUCUACUUGCUGGUGGGCUCAAAGACAGUGCUGUUCGAGUUCACUGAGAGAAACUCAGUGUUCGUCUGGAAUAAACACAGCGAGAAGGGGGCGUGGCUGUGGAGCUGAUGACCCAGAUCUCUGUGAUUCAUAUACGGAGUGCUGUAUGUGUUGUGCGCUGGGUCUGCAACUCCGAGCACAACAACAGUCAUGUGACCAUCUACGAGGUUUGGGUGUGACCUGUAGCCACGCCCUUCUGACCUGCUGUGAGGGAACAGGAUCGACCAAUAAGAGCUCAGUCAGGGAGAGGACACACCCCCAAGCCACCAGCCCACCCAGGAAAGAUUCUGAAGGUCCUGAACAUCAGGCCUUUACUCUGGACGAGGUGGAGGACACAGAAAACAUGGUGGAGAAGGUGGUGGGUGUGGAGGAUGUGGAUGAGUGCCGAGUGUACGCCGGGCAGCUGUGUCAUCAUCGGUGUGUCAACACACAGGGAUCGUACUUCUGUGAGUGUUUCCCUGGAUACGUCCUGCAGCGUGACGGGAUUCAGUGCCUUCAUAAAGCUCCAUCUGCUGCCAGGUCCCUUUUAGGUCCUGUGUUUUUGGGGAACCCUGAGGUCAGUGAUGGGGACCAGGAGACAGGAGACGUGCUUCAGAUGAUGGCUGACGAUGAAGACGGACAGAUUGAUGCCAGCCCGAGACCAGCAGAGACGAGCACCACACCACCUCCUGGCCUCCUCAGAGAACCAUGUGAAGGAAACGUCCACUGUGCUCAACACUGUCACCUAGUGGACGGUCGAGCUCACUGCUUCUGUUCCCCAGGAUUCUCUCUAAUGCCUGAUGGACACUCAUGUGAAGAUGUAGAUGAGUGUUUUCUCUACACACAUUCCUGUCUGCUACAUGAGAGGUGUGAAAACACUGUGGGCAGUUUUAUGUGUUUGCAGCAGAUUGUUUGUCCAUCGGGGUAUCAGCUGAGGAACGACUUGUGUGAAGAUAUUAAGAGUUUCUUGCUUUCUCUCCGCAGAGGCUGUGAGCGAAUCAGCUGCUCCAACUACUUGGAGUGCCAGAACUCCCCAGUGAGAAUCACGUACUAUCAGCUCAGCUUCCAGACCAACAUCAUCGUCCCGGCGCUCGUCUUCCGCAUGGGGCCGUCUCCUGCCUACUCCAGCGACAACGUCAUCAUCAGCAUCAGCAGCGGCAACGAGGGCGGCUACUUUAGCCCCAGAAAGCUGAAUGCGUACACUGGCGCCAUCUACCUGCAGCGGCAGCUUCCACAGCCUCGGGACUUCCUGCUGGACGUGGAGAUGAAGCUGUGGAGGCAGAGAACCUUCACCACCUUCCUGGCCCGAAUCUACAUCUUCAUCACAGCUAACGUUGUCUAAUGCUGGACUUUUACACAUCUUUGACCCUGACAGUCAAAAUUUACAAGUAGUCACUGAUUUUAGUGAAUUAUUAUUAUUAUUAUUAUUAUUAUUAUUAUUAUUAUUAUUAUUAUAAAAACUCGAAUAUAUUAUGUUAGGGCUGUUUUAACACAUCCAGCAUUAAAUUAAAACUACACUGUGGUAAUGAUUAAAAAUCGUUUAAUUUCAUUUAAAUGACUAAUUGAGAUGUACACAAUAGACGACGUUCACGAUGACAUUAGGAAUUUGUUCACAAUUUACAACUUUCACACUACGUUCACAACACAGCUGUAACCGGUUAAGUGGGUGGGGCCUAGUGCAACACUGUAAAGACCAGAGGGGCGGAGCUUAAAUAAAAGUUAUAAAAGUU